AUGCAGGCUAGUGAGCAACAUGGAACGCCUCAAUCUCCGUGCCCAUCAUAUCGCCAGUCACUCACAACAGAGACCGUCGAGCCACAAAUAUCGUCCCUCAACUGGUUAAGUGCACGUCAGUUACCUAGUUCAUGGAGAGUCGGAGUGCUGGUCGAAGAAUAUUUCAAUAAUGUUCAUCCGCUACGGUGCUUCGCUUUCAUUCACAGACCCUCGUUCUUGCAGAGACUGGAUAAGGAUCUAUCGAAGAAAUAUCAGAGCCACGCUCUACUUCAUAUCAUCUGCGCUCUGGGUGCCCAAUUUUAUGCACUCGCCUAUAGUGAAACCGUGAAUCCGCUCCCGUCAAGGUUUGUCCUCUUGGCAGGGAACGAAUGGGCCAAAGUAGCCCAGCGACUCAUUCUCGAGACCCUCGAUACCGUCACAAUCGAGAACUUGAUGGCUGCAGUUCUGCUAAAUGACUAUGCAAUCCGCAUGGGAAAUUUUGCAAAUGCCUUCAUGCUCAGUGGUCUUAUCACGCGCAUGACCCAAGCAUUGCAAAUCAACCUGGAGUACAACACAGAUCUCCUUUGCCAAAACAAUGAUUUCGGUCCUUCCGUUACAGCCAAGGAAUGUCGUCGUCGCCUCAUGUGGAGUUGCUACGUGAUGGAUGCCUUGGUUGGGAGCGGGGUGGAUCAACUCACAUUGGUCGAUGAGAGAGACAUGAAAAUCCAGCUCCCAUGUAACGAGCGGAAUUUCACCCAGCAGAUUCCAUGUCUUACAGAAACGUUGGAUCCUGGGAACUGGUUGAAGUUUGUUCCUCAAGAAGUAGACACAAAUGCAAUUGUACCCAAUAUGGGUAUAAUGGCAUAUUUUGUUCGGCACAUUUCAAUUCGAAAACGGGUCCUGAGGUACAUCAAACAUCUUGGUAAUGCCAUGGUUCCAUGGGACCCUCAGUCCGAAUUUGCGAAGCUGGACGCAGAUUGUCGCGCAUGGUACGAAUCUCUACCGCCCAGCUUGCAAUUUACGCCAAGUGCAAUAUAUACCAGGAAAGAUUCUUCCCAGCUUGGUGCUCUUUGUGUGUUACACUGUGCUCACUAUCAAACAAUAUGUGACUUGUAUCGACUAGGAGCCCCGGCUCUUUACAAGCUGAGGGCAGCUUUUGACUUUCCCUCUGAACAGCAGGGGUUUCUAAGACACUUACAGCAGGUUCUCUUUGAUGCGGCAAGAACACUGGCGAGUAUCAUUGGAGAGACUGCCCAUCAUGGUUCGAGAAUGCUGGCGGACUCGUGGCUUCCGACGAUCACAUACGAUAGUUGUCGAAUUAUGGUUUACCAUUUGACCCAAAUUUUGGACCCUCGUGAUGAAGAUACUAAGAGAAUCACGAUUGAGACUCUUCCCCUUUUACAGAGUAACAUCAACUGUCUGAAACUCAUGGGGUCGCUAAGCAUGAUUUCACACUCAUUGUGUUGUGCAGCUGAGACGAUGCUUGACCGUUCGGGUAUUGGGUCAGAGGUCGUAGCUCAGAAUAGCAUUCCUGAUGAUCCCUACCAGCCCAUGGGUGAAGAGGACCAAAGCGAGAGUGUUCCCGGAACUCCAGUGCAAAGCGCACCAGAUUACGUGCUCAAUCCAUUGUCCAUUUUUCGCAUGGCGCGGAAGUCUAUUCCAGAAAGGCAUGCCCCUGAAAAGGCCACAACCUCUUCUGCUCCCAAUAGCACAAAACCAGAUUCCUCUACGGAUGUUGAUCCGCGGACAGAUGGCCAGCUUGAACCAAAUCUCGAGACAGGUGCCUCACAUGACCCCGAGCUUGAAUUGGGCCAGGCCAGCCUCGAGGAACUUCAGACGUUAUUUAUGUCUGAUUUGGGCUGGGCAUGGCAACCGGCAGACACGGCCGUGGGAUCAGGGAUUGAAACAGCUGGGCUGUUACCUUGGGCUGGGGGAUAUGCUGCCACACAGGGAGAGCCGUGGGUUCCGGCUUUUCCAUUCCCUCAACAAGGUUAA